AUGCCUAGUAGUGAAUCCAGUGACACGAUGCGGGAUACUUCCCCAUAUCGUGGACGACGAAGGAGUAGUUCCAUCUCCGACAGAAUCACUCGUCUAGACGAACUCGACGCCGAGUCUCGCUAUGAGGAGGAGACGGCAGAUCGGGGUAUUGGUGCGCUUCACCACAUCCGCUCGCGGACCAGGAGCCGUACGAACGAGGUCCUCAUCAAUUGGGAACCCAACGACCCCGAAAACCCAUACAAUUGGUCAAAUACCAAGAAGAUUGUGGUUCUCUGCUACACCUCCCUCCUCGUCGUCAACUCCACCAUGGGCUCUGCCCUACCAAGCAUGGCCAUCCCCGAAAUCGUCAAGGACUUUGGCGUCACCUCUGAAGAGCAGAGGGUGCUACCGAUUUCCGUCUAUCUCAUCGGAUACGUCUUCGGGCCCAUCAUCUGGGGUCCCCUGAGCGAGCACUUCGGUCGCCGCAACUUAAGCUUCAUCACCUUUUGCUUCUUCACCAUCUUCACCAUGGCGUGUGCCCUCGCCUCUACCUGGCCGUCAUUACUUAUCUUCCGCUUCUUCACUGGCGUGUUUGCUAGCUCUCCGAUUGCCAUUGUUGCGGGCAUCCUGGCCGAUGUGUACGGGGAGCCAACGUCCAGGGGCAGAGCGUAUGCCAUCUUCAUGGUGGCGACUACUUUCGGUCCCAUUCUCUCUCCAAUCGUCUCCGGCUUCACUUCCCAAACCAUCGGCUGGCGCUGGACCUUCUGGAUCGCUUUAAUCCUCGCUGGCUCGACCCUCGCCCUAACCCCCUUCCUCCCAGAGACGUACGGCCCCAUCCUGCUCGCCAACCGCGCCAAGAAGAUGCGCAAGGCCGAUCCAACAUCGCGAGCAAUUGCUCCGCGUGAUCUAGAGGAGACCGACCUUAACCAACUCUUCACCGUGGUCCUCACUAGGCCGCUGCGCAUGCUAUUCUUUGAGCCCAUAGUCACCACCACCUGCGCAUAUCUCUCGCUCAUCUACAGCAUUUUCUACAUGUCCUUUCAGGCCUUCCCAAUUGUCUUCCAAGACGUCUAUGGUCUUUCCCCAGGUGUCACUGGCUUGGCCUACCUCCCGAUCGCCGGCGGUGCAUGCUUGAAUCUGCCUGUUUUCUACAUCUGGGACACCAUUAUUUCCCGUGCCCAAGCCCGUGAUGCCGCCUGGGUCAAGCGCGAGGAAUAUCGUCGCCUCCCACUGGCGUGUCUCGGCGGCCCGCUCUUCGUCAUCUCCCUGUUCUGGCUCGGCUGGUCCGCCAAGUCAUCCGUCUCCUUCGUCGCCCCCAUGCUCGCCGGCAUCCCCUUCGGCAUGGGCUUCCUCCUCAUCUUCAUGGCCCUGCUCAACUACCUCACAGAUGCCUACGAGAUCUUCGCUGCCUCCGCCAACGCAGCGGCCUCGUGCUGCCGCUCCCUCUUCGCCGUCGUGCUCCCCCUCGCCACUACUCACAUGUUCCACCGUCUCGGCGUUGCCGGUGCUUGCUCCCUGCUCGGUGGUCUUAGUGCCCUCAUGUGCUUCAUCCCCUUCAUCUUUAUCUGGAAAGGGCCUAGCAUUCGCAGCCGUUCCCCAUUCUGCAUCGCCUUGCGUGACCGCAAAGAGGAGAUGCUGCGGAAGGCUGAAGAGGACAAGGCUAGGCGGGAGCGCGCCGAGUUGAGAGAAAAGGAGGAAACUGUCUGA